UGACGGCAGUUCGUUUCCCUAGGCGUUCCAGCCCUUCGACAUGCAAAAGCGACAUCGUUUUCUCUCGCCCUCAGGAGUCUCUUUCUCCGCACACACUCUCUCUCUCCCUCUCUGUCUCGCGGGGCGGAACCAGAGGCCGGAAUCCGUUCACGUUUCCGGUUUCCGGCAUGGAGUCUUUGAUCCUGGAGCUCCACGAGAUUGAAGCUGUGAAGUUCGGCAGCUUCAAGCUGAAGAGCGGCAUCACCUCUCCGGUUUAUAUCGACCUUCGCCUCAUCGUCUCGUUCCCGUCUCUUCUCUCCCGCAUCGCCUCCUUUCUCUGGGACUCCCUCCCUCCGGCUGCCGCUUCCUCCUUCGAGCUAGUCUGUGGCGUCCCUUACACCGCCCUCCCCAUCGCCACCUGCAUCUCCCUUUCCCGCUCCAUCCCCAUGGUCAUGCGCCGGAAGGAGGUCAAGGAGUACGGGACAGGCAAAUCCAUCGAGGGCGCCUUCAGACCGGGUCUCUCCUGCCUCGUCGUCGAGGACCUCGUGACCAGCGGCUCCUCGGUCCUCGAGACCGCUGCCCCGCUCCGGUCCGCCGGCCUCCUCGUCUCCCACGCAGUUGUCCUCAUUGACCGCCAGCAGGGCGGGCGGGAGAACCUCGCCGCCGCCGGCAUUCAGCUCCACUCCGUCCUGACUCUCACCGGGAUCCUGGACACGCUGGUCAGCCGCGGCAAGGUCGCCGACGACGUUGCCUCGUCGGUCAGGGCCUUUCUCGAGGAGAACCAGGCUGUCGCCGUGCCUGCUCCGGCUGCUGCGCCGGCGCCACCAACGGUUAAGCCGAGGCUUCCAUAUGGAAAGAGGGCGGCGUUGGCGAAAAACCCCGCCGGGAAAAGGCUGCUGGAGGUGAUGGAGCAGAAGCAGACAAAUCUGUGUCUGGCGGCCGACGUUCCGACCGCCGCCGAGUUGCUUCGCCUCGCUGAUAAGGUUGGGCCAGAGAUUUGCUUGCUGAAGACCCAUGUGGAUAUCUUGUCCGACUUCACUCCAGACUUCGGAUUGCAGCUACGAGCGAUUGCAGAGAAGCACAAUUUUCUUAUCUUUGAAGAUCGUAAGUUUGCUGAUAUUGGAAACACAGUAACCAUGCAAUAUGAAGGAGGGGUUUUCCACAUAUUGGAUUGGGCGGAUAUUGUUAAUGCACACAUAGUCUCUGGUCCUGGUAUUGUGGAUGGUUUGAAAUUGAAGGGCCUGCCCCGUGGAAGAGGGUUACUUUUACUUGCUGAAAUGAGCUCUGCUGGUAACCUAGCCAAGGGGGACUAUACUUCUGCUGCUGUCAAAAUUUCUGUAGAACAUCAAGACUUUGUCAUCGGGUUCAUAUCAGUCAAUCCAGUUGCAUGGCAAGUCAGUUCAUUAGAACCUGGACUAAUUCAUGCAACACCUGGAGUUCAAAUGGCUGCUGGAGGUGAUAAUCUAGGGCAGCAGUACAACACCCCUUAUUCGGCAAUUCAUGAUAGAGGAAAUGAUAUAAUCAUUGUUGGUCGUGGAAUCAUAAAAGCAAAGGAUCCUGUUGAAGCUGCCAGGCAAUAUCGUCUUCAAGGUUGGGAAGCAUAUAAAGCAAGAUGUGCAUAAUUUAUUUUGGUCACGUUUCUCCCCUCUUGUUGACAUCACUAUUGCAUAACGUGGAAAGUUUCCACUUAGUGCAGUAUGGUUAUUUGCUGUUGAUGACUCAUAGCAAGUUUUCAUAGCACUGUUUUUGCUUCAGCAAAGUUCCUACUACAUCCGCAAUAUAUGGAUGUAGUGGUGAUUGGAGAGACGUAGAUUUAUAUUUUGCCCAUUUGCAGUAGGAGCAAAUGUAAUAAUGAGUGGGUUAUGCGCAAUGCAACUUUUAGCAAUUGCCCAAGACUUCUUGUUCAUUAAAUUUACAUAUUUAAUUUGGCUUUAGCAGAUGAA